GUUUAGGUCCUUUCCAUCGCACCUCAUGCCUCUGUAGUCGCUUGCUCCUGUUUCUGCGCCCAACCAGACUAAAAACACCAUUUACAGGCAUGGACAUCGAAACUCAUCCAGCUGUAGAGGUAGUUGGGACUGUGGAGAGUAAAGAUGGAGCAGAGGAAUUUACGAAGGUGAAGUCUAAAAAGAGCCAGAAGCGUAAACACGAGCAGGAGGGAGCAGAUAUGGACACGGGGGAGAGCGUGGCCAUCAAACGGCCGCAGUUUCCAGCGAUCUCCGGGGAAAAACUGAGGGGACCAGAUGAGAUGCGUAAAAUCGCUGUACCAGCUCACAGAUACACCCCACUGAAGGAUAACUGGCUAAAGAUUUUCACUCCCAUCGUAGAGAAUCUACAGCUUCAAGUGCGAUUCAACCUUAAAACCAGAAAUGUGGAAAUUAAAACAUGCAAAGAAACACAGGACAUCAGCGCGCUCACAAAAGCAGCAGAUUUUGUCAAAGCCUUCAUUCUAGGAUUCCAGGUUGAAGAUGCCAUGGCGCUCAUCAGAUUAGACGAGCUUUUCCUUGAAAGCUUUGAUGUCACAGACGUAAAACCUCUGAAAGGAGACCACUUAUCCAGGGCCAUAGGAAGAAUAGCAGGGAAAGGAGGGAAAACUAAAUUCACCAUUGAGAAUGUAACAAAGACUCGGAUCGUUCUCGCAGACACGAAAAUCCACAUUUUAGGUUCCUUUCAGAACAUCAAAAUGGCCCGAACAGCAAUAUGUAACCUGAUCUUAGGAAGUCCACCUUCAAAGGUUUACGGUAACAUCAGAGUGGUGGCCAGCAGGACUGCAGAGAGAUUCUGAAGCUGAUUGGAUGCUUCGUGCCUUUCUUCUUUUCUGGAUCUGUAAUGAAUUAAAAUCAUGAACUGCAAUUUGGGACAGAAACCUCACGUGUUUCUAAACGGCAGGAUUGUAAUUUAAGAUGAACACAGUCGUGCAGUGGGGUGCCUUGUUGUAUGAUUUAUGUAAAUAAAUAUGAAAAACAAGGAA